GUGUCGCCCUAGGUGUCACCACCUCCCAACUUUUAGAAGAAGACCAAAUUUUCUUGACAAAAAGUGUUACAAAGGCAAGAUUUGGCAGAUUCGGAGUGAUCGGAUAGGUUUCACCAUUACUCUGCAUAUCAAGUUUGAUAUAUCUUGAGUCACAUAUCAGAAAACUAUGGCGGAAUCAAAAAAGAAAGUCGUGAUCAUCACCGGAGCUAAUUCUGGGAUCGGCUUCAAAGCAGCUGAGAAGCUCUGCCAGGAUGAAUACCAAGUCAUCUUGGCAUGUCGGGACACGGAGAGAGGCACUGCCGCUGUAAGACAGAUCGCAGAUAAUAACCCUGAAGCUGACGCAUUUUUUAUGCAACUUGAUCUUGGUGACAUAUCAUCGAUAAAGGCAUUUGCAGAGGAAUUCAUUGAGAUGAAGAAACCCCUCCAUAUCUUGGCACUGAAUGCUGGUCUCACCAUGAACUUCAAGGGACAUGAAAGAAGUUUUACAAAAGAUGGCUUUGAGGUUACCAUGGGAACAAAUCAUCUAGGCCACUUCUUGCUGACCAAUCUUCUGCUUGAUGUCUUGAAGAAAACUGCUGCAGAGGACGGGGAGGCCCGGGUUGUUGUGACGACAUCAUCCUUACAUGACCCAGACAGUAAAGGAAUGUCUAAAGAACCACCUCGGCCAACCGACCUUGAUGACCUGUUAAUGUCUGAAGAAGAUGCAUAUUCAGGUUUCCAUGCCUACAGGACGUCAAAGGCUGCCAAUGUGAUGUUUACUUAUGAGCUUGCUCGGAGGCUGGAGGGUACAGGAGUCACUGUGAACACAUUUUGUCCAGGUUUCAUCCCCGAGACGGGCCUUGGCCAGAAUCAGCCCGCUUUUGUACGAUUCUUUGUCACAUAUGUACUUGGUUGGAUCCUGUGGUGGAAGGGCGUCACAACAUCGAUGAAAGACGGUGGUUUAAAACUGGUGGAUGUGGCAACGAAUCCAGAGUACAAAGGUGUUACAGGGAAGUUCUUUACAAAAGGUGCCAUUGCCAAGUCUUCCAAGGAAUCGUAUGACGAGGAAAAACAGAAGAAACUGUGGGAAGUGUCAGCUGGUCUCCUGAAAAUGGAGGGAUACCCGUCUGUGGAGAUCAAAUAAAUGGACUGCUAAAUGAAAGAGAUGUAACCCCUGUAAAUAAUGGGCAUAUCCAAGGAAAUAUAAAGUAUAUAUAGUUUAAACUACCCAAACUACCCGAACCCUUAUAUGUUGCCGCAUCAAACACAGUUGUUAUUCAUCUCAUAGAAUGAAAUAGAUGAUGUAAAAUUCAAGAAAUCACUAUGUAUUCUAUAGGUAUUGAAAUUUGAAGUGCUAUCAUUAGAUUUGGAAAUGUAGGAAUUUCACAGGGAUGAAAUUGAGAAAUGUUUCCCGGGCCUUUGUUAUGUUUGUGCCAGUAAAUUUGUAGAUCUCACCCAAGAUAUAAACUACGGGUCAUAAAAAUGCAAAUGUGCUAACAUGUACAUGUAGACAAAAUGUAUGAUAUACACUUUUAGAUCAUUAUUUUGAUUAAAUUAUAAUUAAUA